CUGUUCACAGGUGACCAACAGAAACAUCUGGACGAAAUAUCUCACAAGAGAGUCCUCCGGGACGAUUCUCUUUCUUAAAAGAGGUGUUUCAGAGCUAAAAGCAGUCAUGCGGUCUCCACUGCUCCUGCUUUUCGGAGUUUAUUAUGUGUAUGCUGGUACACACUCUCUAAAAUACUUCUACACUGCUGUGUCUGGAGACAUUGACUUCCCAGAGUUCAUUAUUGUUGGUCUGGUUGAUGAUCAGCAGUUCAUGUACUUUGACAGCAACAUAAAGAAAACUGUCCCAAAGACAGACUGGAUCAGUGACAAUGAAGGUAAAUAUUAUUGGGAUACAGGGACUGAGAUUGAUACUGAUCAGCAUCAGAGAUUCAAAGUCAACAUCGAGACUCUAAAGGGACGCUUCAACCAGACCGGGGGUCUUCACUCGCUCCAGGUGAUGGUCGGCUGUGAGCUGGAUGAAGACGGCACUAAACGAGGAUACAGGCAGUUUGGUUAUGAUGGAGAAGACUUCAUCAGCUUUGAUAAGAACACACUCAGCUGGACUGCUGCUAAUCCUCAGGCUGGGAUCUCCAAGAACAAAUGGGAUGCUAAAAGAGCUUAUGGAGAACAAGAGAAAUCAUAUCUGGAGAACGAGUGCUUCGAGUGGCUGAAGAAGUAUGUUGAUUAUGGCAGAGACUCUCUGGAGAGAAAAGUCUCUCCUCAGGUGUCUCUUCUGCAGAAGUCUCCUUCGUCUCCGGUCUCGUGUCACGCUACAGGUUUUUAUCCCAAAGAGGUUUCUAUCUCCUGGCAGAAGAACAAACAAGAUGUUGAUGAAGAUGUGGAUCUGGGAGAACUUCUUCUCAAUGAAGACGGCUCUUUCCAGAAGACCAGCACCCUCAACGUUAAACCUGAGGAGUGGCAGAAGAACGAGUAUGAAUGUGGUGAGCACAAGAGCAGAACCAUCAGAAGCGCCCUGAAAGAAGACAAGAUCAGAACUAACUCCGGUUCUGUUCCCAUCGGGUUGAUUGUUGGUGUCGUCGCUGCUCUUCUUCUUCUGGUGAUUCUUGGUGUCGCUGGGUUCAUGGUUUAUCAGAAAAAGAAAGGCUUCAAACCUGUUGCGUCUGAUGACGGAUCUAACAGCUCCACUCGUUCAGAUCAAAAAGCUUGAAGAUG